UAUACCAGACUGGUCGGUGGAUGAAUCAGUCUGUCUGUGAAUUUUGUUAGCGCCGGAUAGAAAUUUGCUCGGUCGGUUGUUCACUUAUAACAGUCAAAUUUAGUUAUCGAUAGUUCUGAUCGCGCUAACAUUCGUCUAGUCUUCGGCGGAGCCACUUGAUUUCAAUACUGUACGAAGUGCUUACAUUUAAAGAUAUAUUAUCAAGAUGAAGACUUUGAUUGCUCUGUUAAUGCGGACCGUGAUCAAUCAAUAAAUCAAACAAACUUUUUUUCAAUGGACGGGAAAAACGAAUCUAUGAAUCUAUCUCUGCCCCAUGUGUUUUGUGAUGGUCUGUUAUGUUUGACCAACAUAUCAGCGAACAUUUAUAACCUUGCAUUAAUGAUAUUUGCGUCUUAAAACCCUUGGAUAAUUGCAGCGAAUCAAGUUUAAAGACAAACUAAAAUAAACAAGAUUAAUGAUGUGUACUAAAUUGGUGCUGCUGCUCUGGAUGGUGACUAUAUCUGAACAUUUAGCCAUGAUUACUAGCAAUCCCAUCGGAGGUAACGUUUUCUACGAAGAAAAUUGCCAUCAGAAUGGGAUGCUUGUUUUGUAUCGCAUCAAAUUAGUAACUAGAUGGUCAAAAAAACUCUUUCCUAAACACUAUCCAGAAUUUCGGCCUCCUCCACAUUGGAGUAUGACGUUAGGUUUAACUCAUAACCAAACCUAUCAACUUUUUCAUUUGAAACACACUGCUUCGAUGGCUGUGGCAACUUUUGCCGAGACGGGACAAGUAGCUUUAUUGGAAGAAACUUUGGAAGUUCAACAGGAUUUUUUAUUCGAUGAAUUUCGACUACCAAAAAUUCGCAAAGGUAAGGGUGUAAGUGAGGCAACUUUUUUCGUAAACGGAAAACAUUCGAGCGUGUCUUUCAUCACAAAGAUAAUACCCUCGCCGGAUUGGUUCAUUGGAUUGGACACUUUUGACCUAUGCUUCAAAGGACGAUGGCUUGAAAAGGUAACGAUACCGCUGCAUCCGCUCGACGCAGGUAGUAGCAGUGGAUUAACUUUUACCUCACCAAAAUGGCCUACCAAUCCAAGGGGUGUAGUUCAACAAAUCACUUCCAGAUCACCUCUCCAUUUCGCAAGCAGCUUUUUCUAUCCUGAAAUCAAACACCUUCCACCGAUAGCUCAUGUUACAUUUACUAAGAUCAAAGUAUACAACAAUCACAACAACGUGCACAAAAUGGUGAAGAAACUCAAAUAUAAGCACCGUACGAAAUUACUUAAAAAACUUAAAUACCAGUCAAACGUUGGAAACACUGAACAUAUGAAUCAUACCAAUAAAACUCUCACUGAUACAGAUUGUCGGGUUAGCGAGUGGUCGGCCUGGAGUCCUUGCAGCAAGACAUGUGGCCUUGGUAAAAGAAAUCGUACACGUAACAUUAUACGAGAACAGCAUGUUGGUGGAGUUGAAUGUCCGGUGUUAGUCGAAACACAGUGGUGUGGCUCGGCUCGCCAGUGUUCAGUGUUGGACAGCUACUUUAAAUGGUGAAGGUUGAAAAUAAUUAAUUGUAUUGGAACUACAAACACAACGUGCAUAGUGUAGUAUGGUUACAUUUAAAAUGCAGCAUAAAUUGGUUUAGAAGGCAAAUUUGAUGUAUGUAAGAAAUACUUGUCGACCAAUCAGUUACCAUUCUGGUUUUGAACAAAUAUAGUUCACUCAAAAAUAAAACAACCUGUGUUAUAUUUGGGAUAGCUUGGCUACCCAGCUGCAUACAUCACUCACUAAAAUGAGGCAGUACAUAGGGUACAGGGUUUCACACUUUAUCUCAAGACCGCGGGACCCCUUCCCGAAU